AUGGCGCCUGCCAUGCCGGUGGUGAUGGUUCUGCCGUGGCCCGCAGCCCAGGGACUCCUCCGGAAAUGUUGGGAGCAGCUGCAGCGGAAACUUCGGCAGAGCCGGCCAGGCUUUCCCAGUCCUCAAUGGGGACCAGCAUUAGCGGUCCAAGGUCCAGCUAUACUUACAGAACCAGCAAAUGAUACCAACGGAAGUAAGGAGAUUUCCAGCUUCUUGGAGAGCAUCUUUUGGAUGGCAGCUCCCCAAAACAGACGCAGCAUUGAAGUUAACAGGUGUAGGAGAAGAAACUCUCAUAAGCUUAUUAAAGUUAAGAACAAUAGAGACAUUUGUCCUGAAUGUGGUCACCUGAAACAGAAACACGUCCUCUGUGGCUAUUGCUAUGAGAAGGUGUGUAAAGAGACAGCGGAAAUCAGACGACAGAUAGAGAAGCAAGAGGGAGGCCCUUUCAAGGCUCCUACCGUGGAGACCAUGGUGCUGUACUUCGGGGAGACACCCUCCAAGCAAGAUCAGGGCAAGAGGAUCAUUGAGAGAGAACGGAAGCGGCCAUCCUGGUUCACCCAGAAUUGACACCAAACAUGUUUCGAGAGGAUAACUUCACAUAAGACGUUUCUCCUGAAAAAGAGGAAGAUUCGUUGUUUUUAUGUUGGUUAUGUGCUUGUUUUUAAAUCA